GAGCCGCCCGGCUCGCGGUCGCCAAAAGCUGAUCGGGACACUUGGGCGCGGCUCAUUAGAAUGCUGCCUGGGUCCGCCCAAAGGCCUCCACCCGGUGUCCUCUGACCCGGGAGGAUCCGCGGCCGGGCAGCCGGGCAAGAAGUCACUUCGCCGCGGGAUCUCAGGGGGCAGCACUGGCGAGGGCUGCUCGCCCGACUGGGUCAUGGAAACCGCCGGCACCCCCGAGGCCACGGGGACAGCUACACCUCAGGAUUACUACAACCUGGACCUCAUCUGUGACACUACUUUCCUUUCAGGCAAGUACAUUGCCUCAACACAGAGACCUGACGGGACCUGGCGCAAGCAACGGAGGGUCAAAGAAGGAUACGUGCCCCAAGAGGAGGUCCCAGUCUAUGAAAACAAGUAUGUGAAGUUUUUCAAGAGUAAACCUGAACUUCCUCCAGGGCUGAGCCCUGAGGCCACUACACCCGCCACCCCAUCCAGACCGGAAGGUGGUGAAGCAGGCCUCUCCAAGACAGCCAAACGCAACCUGAAGCGGAAGGAGAAGAGGCGGCAGCAGCAGGAGAAGGAGGCAGAGGCCUUGAGCAGGACUCUUGAUAAGGUGUCUCUGGCAGAUACCGCCCAAACGCCCAGCGCCCUCCAAAGCUCCCAGGCCGCCCCUCUAGCUGCCCCUGAUGCAUCCGACUCUGCUGCCACCACAGAGAAAGCCAAGAAGAUCAAGAGCCUGAGGAAGAAGCUGCGGCAGGUGGAGGAGCUGCAGCAGCGCAUCCAGGCUGGCGAGGUCAGCCAGCCCAGCAGGGAGCAGCUGGAGAAGCUGGCCCGGCGGAAGGCUCUGGAAGAGGAGCUGGAGGACUUGGAGCUGGGCCUGUGAGGCUUCAGGAGCACGGGAGUGGACUGCAGAACAAACCAUGGGGUGCUCUGGGGUCCAGGGAGUGUGGGCGGCAGCAGUCAGGAGGGGCACCCCCUUACUGGCUCACUUCCCCCUGUGGCCCAACUCCGUCCUCCAGAGCCCUAGGCUCUCCUUCAUUCCUUCCCCUUCUCAGCUCCUACUUUUGGACUUCCCCUCCCAUUCCCAGUGUUCAGAUUCUCAGUGACGACCCUAGGUACCUCUGCUGCCGAUCUGGGUGUCUUGUUGAAAAGAAAACCGGGGGGUGGGAGGCUGUUAGAGAUCUGAAGUUGAGGGUACAAGAGUACCCCAAGUCUUAGAGUCUUUGUUCCUGUUCAGUGUUUAUGAGUUACUUCCCUGGCCACCCUAACCUCCUCUUCUUUUUUUUAAAGAAAGUAAGAAUAAAUUCAAGUAGACAACA